CUCUUUCAUUGUUGGAGUUACACGAACCGUCGAGUAUGGUUUCAGCUGACUCGAUGUUCGGCAUAUUGUCGACAUCAGUGUGUGUCGGGAUCCUCUUUGUGGUCUUCAAGAUCAUCCAACGCUUGUUCUUCCAUCCUUUAUCAGGCGUCCCGGGGCCCUGGUAUGCUGCCGUAUCGACAUUCUAUGAGUUCUGGUGGAACUGUAUCCAAGACGGGAGAUACAUGUUUGAGAUAACCCGAAUGCAUGACGUAUACGGCCCAGUCGUACGCAUCAAUCCGUGGGAAGUUCACAUCCGCGACCCAGCGUACUACGACACAUUGCUUUCGAAUCCGCGCGUGGAAAAAGAUCCUUUCUAUUAUGGUGGUUUCGGCACACCUAACUCAUCAGUGACAACCGUGCCCGUACCUCUGCACAAAAUUCGACGCGGCGCUGUAGCUCCUUUCUUCUCAAGGGCCAACGUGAGCAAACUUGAGCCUCGAACCUUAGCUCACGUUAAGCAGCUCUGUGAGAGAGUGAGGCAGCACCAGAUAGACGGCAAAGUUGUGGACAUCUCGAAUGCCUUUCGAUGCCUUGCAACGGAUGUAGUUACAGAUUACGCGGCACCCACGACGCGGAAUUAUCUGGCGCAUGAAGACUUCGCAGCGAAGGAGAAUGGAACCUUGAGGGGCACGUCCGUUUUGAUUCACUGGAAUAGACAUAUCCGGUUCACGUUCCCUUUGGUGAGGGUGAUUCCUCGCUGGUUCGUCGCUUUGUUCGACAAGACGGGUGCGAGUGUCGCGCUGAUAGAUAACCAAGCAGAAUUGCUGUCUCAAGCUAAGGCGGCUGUCUCGAGGAGGAUCGACAAAGACACUCCGACCGUUCUAGGCACUAUAGUCACAAAUCCUAGCCUUUCUGCAUCGGAGAAAUCCCUCCAGCGCGUGUUCGACGAGACAGUCGUGCUGAUUGGCGCUGGCACUGAAACCACAGGCAUCACUCUGACUGUCCUGACAUAUCAUGUCUUAGCGAACCCGAGUAUCCUCCAGUCUCUGAAGGCUGAACUCGACAAAGCUGCUGCGGAGCGCGGUGUCGCAAAGGGUGACUUCCUCACAAGUAAGACAGUCGAGUCUCUGCCGUAUCUACAAGCUGUGUUGAAAGAAGCACUCCGCAUGGGGACAUCGGUAUCUGGCCGUUUACCUCGACGACAUCCCACGGAAACGCUGUCCUACACGGAUCAAACCAAUAAAAGGACAUACACAUUUCCUCCCAACACCACUAUAUCCAUGUCACUACGAGACACCCAUUUCGAUCCAGAGAUCUUCCCGGAUCCAAACACCUUUAACCCUGAUCGCUGGUUGAUAGGAUCGAGAGAGGAGUUGGCCUGGAGGGAGAAACACAUGGUCGCAUUUGGCAAAGGGGUGCGGCAAUGUGUAGGCUUGGAGCUGGCUAAGCAGGAGAUACUAUUAGGAAUUGCGAAUCUGUUCUGGCAGUUCGAUAUGGAGUUGUUUGAAACGGGUUUAAGAGAUGUAAGCACCGAACAUGACUUCUUUUCACCGUUUGGGCCUGCGGAUAGUAAAGGGUUGCGGGUAAAGGUUAAGGUGUGAUUGGGCAGAGGUGAUUCGAUGUAUGAGAUGCGACGAAAGCGGCAAUCAAUUUCAUAUAAUCCAUGGACCUCGUUCGUUCAGCUACUCGUAUGUACUCGUAUCUACCCGUAAUUACUGCCUUGCAAGAGGGACGAUGGUGAGGUGAACAGAAAUCGACAUGGAUCUAGCCA